AUGAAAAAACUAAACAAAUUAAAAGGCUAUAUAUAUAUAUAUACGUAUUUCUCUUAUAAAACCCUAACCUAAGGCUUCCCUCUUUCAUAUUCGCUGCUACCGGUGCCGCCGCCUGCCGAUCUCCCUGCCGCCGCAUCCUUUUAAAGGAUGGAAUCUCAAGUGAAGCAUGCCGUCGUUGUCAAAGUUAUGGGCCGAACCGGGUCCAGAGGGCAAGUGACCCAGGUGCGAGUCAAGUUUCUUGAUGAUCAAAACAGGUUCAUCAUGAGAAACGUUAAGGGCCCUGUGAGGGAAGGCGAUAUCCUUACCCUGCUCGAGUCCGAAAGGGAAGCCAGAAGGCUUCGUUGAUGGGGUUGUUUGCUCCGGUUCCAUUCCCUUUGGUCCUUCGUCUUUGUUCUGUUUUCAUACUUCUUGACUAAAAUCUUAUUCAUGGGUUACUCUUUUUGUUUGCACCUUAAAUGUGUUUGUUACUCACUAUUGAUGCUUGCUAAAUGUUCAUCUAUGGGUAGGAUGGGGUUUAUGUUUUCGUAA